GGCGCCGGGAGUUCUCCGGUUUCCCCCCCCCAAACAAUAGUCGGUAGGUAGGACGCGAUGGUCGCCUCUGUAUUAAACCGCAGGGAAGUUUAGGACCCUCAUCGUCCCUAUUGUUGUUCUCACCGCGGCCACGUAGCUCUGCGCAGCGAUCGGAAACGUGGGAGGGGGAGUGAUGUGUUUCUAAAUGUUACUGGAGGACAAAACGGCUCCAGAGAGAGAUAGAGAGAUGCGCAUGGAGUGAUCGCGUCUAGUUUGAUUGUAGCUAUGUAGGCCGACGGGUUUUUUUUUGUAAUUUUCUCCAUGGUGAAGGACUGCUGGGAAUCUGAGUGCGUCCAUUCAUUUUACCGCGAGGGCGUCCCGUUUGGAGAAGGGAAAAGGCGGAAGAAAGGGAACGAGCAUUUGGAUCAUUUUGGCAUCAGGACGCGGCCAGUGGGGCCUGGGAGUCUCCCAUUGUCCUGCCCUAUACUACAACACCCUCUUGUUUCUGUUUGGAGGCACAACUCUUUUCUGUUCGCCCUAAAUGAUCCCGGCUCCUCACAAUCCGGCCCCCUCAGCUGUCCCCUGCUGUGACUCUCCCACCCCUCUUCUCCUCCUCGCUGUAGCCUCCCCCGCUCUCCCUCCUCCCUUCUCCUGCUCCCUCCUCAUCGGCCUCCAAGAUAGAUUCCCUCAGGAGUAAGGUUGACCUGCUCAAGCUGCCCCUGGCUCUCACCACCAAGUCCAUCUCUGAGCGCAAGAGCCAGCUGGGAGGAGUGGGCGAGCAGCGCCGCCCGGGAGGAGGAGGAGGAGGAGGCGGGGCUCGUAAAACUCGUUCACCGCCCACCCGAGACAUGGACAACGAGUCGCAGUACUCGGGCUACUCUUACAAGUCCUCACACUCCCGAAGCUCCCGAAAGCACAGGGAUCGGAGGGAUCGCCACCGCUCUAAGAGUCGAGAUGGCAGUCGUGGAGACAAGUCGGUCACCAUCCAGACUCCUGGAGAGCCGCUGCUGGAUGCAGAGUCGACACGCGGAGAUGACCGGGAUGAUAACUGGGGUGAGACCACCACAGUCGUCACCGGCACCUCAGAACACAGCAUCUCUAACGAGGACCUGACCCGCGUCACCAAAGAGUUGGAGGAGUCGACUCCGCUGGAGUGCAAGCGCUUCAUUGGCCCGGCUCUGGGAGGCUGCCUGAGCUUCUUCGCCCUGGUCACGCCGUUAGCCUUCCUCAUCCUCCCGCAGGUGCUGUGGCGGGAUGCCCUGGAGCCCUGCGGGACGCCCUGCGAAGGCCUAUACGUCUCCCUGGCCUUCAAGCUGCUGGUCCUGCUCAUCUCGUCCUGGGCGCUGUUUCUCCGGCCUCCCCGCGCCACUCUGCCGCGGUUCUUUGUCUUCCGCUGCCUGCUGAUGGUGCUGGUGUUCCUGUUCGUAGCGUCUUACUGGCUGUUCUACGGCGUGCGGGUGCUGGAGCCCAGGGAGCGGGACUACAGGGGGAUCGUGGAGUACGCUGCCUCGCUGGUAGACGCCCUGCUCUUCAUACAGUACCUGGCUCUGGUUCUGCUGGAGGUCCGACACCUGCAGCCCGCCUUUUGCCUCAAGGUGGUCCGGAGCACGGACGGAGCCAGCAAGUUCUACAACGUGGGCCACCUCAGUAUCCAGCGGGCAGCUGUCUGGGUGUUGGACCGUUAUUACAGCGACUUCUCCGUCUACAACCCUGCCCUGCUCAACCUGCCCAAGUCCAUCCUGUCCAAGAAGAUGACCGGCUUCAAGGUUUACUCCCUGGAUGAAAGCACCACCAAUAACUCAUCGGGCCAGUCCCGGGCCAUGAUAGCAGCUGCUGCCCGCCGGAGAGACAACUCCCACAACGAGUUCUACUACGAGGAGGCCGAGAUGGACCGCAGGGUCCGCAAACGCAAGGCCAGGUUGGUUGUGGCGGUGGAAGAGGCCUUCACACACAUCAAGCGUCUCCAUGAAGACGAGGUCGCCUCGUCCCCCAAACACCCGAGGGAGGUGAUGGAUCCUCGGGAGGCGGCUCAAGCCAUCUUCGCCCCGAUGGCCCGAGCCAUGCAGAAAUACCUGAGAACCACCCGACAGCAGGCCUUCCACAGCAUGGAGAGCAUCCUCACACACCUGCAGUUCUGCAUCACACACAACAUGACGCCCAGGGCGUUCCUGGAGCGGUACCUCUCCCCGGGCCCCACCAUGCAGUACCAGCAGCAGAACGGCAGGGGGCGCCAGUGGACCUUGGUGAGCGAGGAGCCGGUGACCUCGGCCCUGCGCCAGGGUCUGGUCUUCUCCCUGCGACGCCUGGACUUUUCCCUGGUCGUCACGGUGACGCCGCUCCCCUUCCUGCGGCUCGGGGAGGAGUUCAUCGACCCGAAGAGCCACAAGUUCGUCAUGAGGCUGCAGUCGGAGACCUCGGUGUGAAGGCAUCUCCCUUCCCCCCUCCUCCCCCACGCUGUCCUCUCUAGGUGCUCGCUCCUGCUGGAUGUGGACGGGACAUGUGGGAGGCCAUGUGGCCCACUCCCCCAUCCAAUCAUCCUCCUCCUGUUCCACAAUCAUCACAGAUGCUCUGAUAUCAAACUGUGAUCAGCUCAAUGAUUGUUCAAACCUGGAAUUAAACAGAUGCCUUGACCUUUUUUUUGUUGUUUUUUCCUGUGUUGUAAAAUCUCUGUCUUUGUAGAAAAAAGGGGGACUUUUUCUCUUUUUUUAUGCUCCCUCUGUUGCUGUUAUCACUGGACUGCUGACUCAACACAUGAACACCAGAUGAGGGGGAUUACAUCAUAUGUGUCACUUCCUCUUUCUUGUGUAUUAAACACAGACUACCUGGAGCUCAGCUCUGACUGCAGCGCUGGUGUGCCACUGCCCAUUGGUUUCCUCUCAGUGGAUUGUUUUGUGUGAAAUGACAAGGACUGUUUUUAUAUCAAAUGGUGUGACUUUUUUUUUUUUUUUUUUUUUUUACUUACAGAAUGUAGCAUUAUGUGCUUUGAAUUAACACGUGGCUUUUCAGCAACCUAAAGGCCAAAAUGUCUUUUAUAUCUGACUGUAAAGAAAAAUGGAAGUACAUUCCUAAGCUACUACAGACUACGUAAUUCAUGAUUGUCUACAUAUGCAGGUUUUGUUUUAUUCUACACUGUCAUUUUUACUAUUCAUUUUACAAUUUAAGCAAGAAGACUAAACAAAGGGCCCCAUGUAUACCUGUUAUAAUCAUGCGAUCUGUAUCUGCUUAUCUUACCUGGAUAAGGAUGUUAAAGCAUAAGCCUUGAGUAUUAUUCUGAAUUUUCUUUAUUGUCAACAAAUCCCAUUAAAAUCCCAGAAAUCCAGCAGUGUGUUAGCAUGUGUUUCGAUACUUACUGACUUCCCUGACCCUGUCUGGAAGUCUGAAGUCCAUUCUUUAAUAAAAAAAAAAAAAAAAAGUACACUUUAAUUAAAAAAAGACUCAAUAAUUUCCCUAAACAGCUGGGCACAAACACAAAUAAAACAAGAGUACAUGUUGCUGGGAACUAUUUUAAGCCGCUGACUAAUUUGCGCUAUUGAGUAUUUACAGCCCCAGGAAGUGUAUGUGAGAUAAACUCAAAUUAACCACAGUGCUUGUGUUCAUGUAAUGAAGCAACAUGUCGCCCAGUGCAGCGCUGUGACUCACUGAUGUGUUCUUUAUGGUUGUAUAUCAGACGAUACUUAGGAGGUUAGGAGGAGCAGUUCAUUGUUUUUUUUUUUUUUGUCUUUUAAUGGGAUUCAUUGAGAAUAAGAAAAAUAAAGAUUAUCUCCAGACUUAUCUUUUAAUGCAGGGUGUAAAUGCCGAACUACUAACAUGUGGAGCUGGUCUGUAUUGCAUUGGGAUUCGAUGUCAGCCAGGUGUGCAUGCAAUCUGGACAGUUUCAGCACAUUUAAAAAGGAAGAAAAAAAAAUGACUCAUCAAGUUGAAAAGUCAUUUUAACAACACCGCUUCCUGUCAUCUCAGACUGUCCGGUAAAAACAGACAGGCGAUUCCUCCCUCUGCCCAACCUUAAAUAGAGUUUGAAACAGCGUUCUCAACCCACAGUCCAACUUACUUGUUGUUUCGGAAGCUUUCAACCACAUCUCAGCCUUCAUCAGUGGAUGGAGUUAUGUUUUCAUGUUACCUAAAUCUGGAAUUUGGGAGGAAGUAUGACCAUACUCGCACCUGAGCAACUCUAUCUGGGGAGAAAUGUUUGCUUUUGGUUUAAUGACACUUUUCUUAUAUAAUGUAUUUGUAGUAAUACAACAUAUCUGAUUCAUCACGGAUAGAACGAUAAAGUCGUGGACCUUUUUUUUAAUCAAUACUGAGACAGGCAGGCAUUCAAUGUCUGAUAUUAAGAUAUUUUAGAGAAAGUAAUUUUCAAAGAAUCGAUAAAAUCUUUUGAGGAAGUACACAAUGUGAAAAGGCUCUGGAAACCAAGAUCAUAUGAUUAAAGAUAACGGUUGUGAAACAGUUAAUUAGGUACAAAUAUCAAAUGGAUGAUUGAUUUGAAACACAUAUUGAGGUCUCCUCAUCUAAAAUGAAUAUGAUCUAGCAGCAAUUGUUUAGCAUUUGUCAGGACAUGAGAUGUUGUUGAAAGUUUCGAAACUUGUUUUACUUUUCCUUGAGCUCUGCCUUCCCAAUUUACAUACUUCUAUCCAAUCACAAUGCGGAAUUUAUUUCGACAACGAGAACACAUUUUAACGCCAGGUGUAAAUGCAAAGGCCUGUGAUCAGAUGUCAUUAUCCAGACACAGAGCACAUGUUAAUACCAGCUGGAUAUGGGGUCAUGGCAUAGGUGUAGAUUUCAGGGGGGGAUGCAGGGUGUAUGUCACCCACGCAAUAUUUAGAAGAGGUAGAUUUGGCCCCCCUUUAAAAAAUAUAAAAGACAACGCACUCCCUCCCAAAAAAGGGUGAAAAUAACAGGCGGUUCAGGGGGGGUGCAAAACAUGUACGGAAACCAAGAACUGUGUCUACCUAUGCAACAUGGUUAAAGAACAUGGCCGUAAAAAAUAAAGAUGUGAUUUCAUGUCUUUUAUGUAGCUUUAAACUUUGGAGUUUUUGGAUUUAACAAGGUCUCAUUCUCUAACAGAUUUUUUUCACCAGAAUGCAGGAAAUUUAGUGUUGGACGCUCAAAAUUUGAUGGGGGACGACCCCCAGACCCCCGAUUACAAUGUGCCCCACCCAAUAUUGAAACUAAACCUACGCCCUUGUGUCAUGGUCUAUUCCAGGCUUUUUAACAAUGUACACAUUAAGGAAGUCAGUCCAGUUCAGGCAGCUGUAGUUAAACUACAAGCCAACGUCUGUUUUUUUUUUUUGUUUUUUUGUUUUUUGAUGAAUUUCAACAUUUUUAUGAAUUUCAACAAAAAUCUGAAACCAGACGUGUGAUUGUAACUCCUCUCUGCACAGCAGCAGCAUUAGCAUCACCGCCUCGCCUUGGGCAACGAGCUGAAACAAGCACAGUGAACACGCUGCCUCCAUCCCACAGCCUUACUCUCCACAUCUGGAGGACCAGCGAUGGGGCACAUCUGUCCUCACUGAAUCCUCCUCCUCCAGGACCUGAAAAAACUUACUGUAAAGCCGAAACUUGCCUGAUGUAGACACUUGAGCCGAUAUAUUGCAUCUACCUACAGUUUGACUGACUUGUUUUUCUUUCUGGUGAAAAUAUGGUUUUAAAAGGCCUUUACAUUACUAAAAAAAAAAAAAAAUGUUAAAAAUUUUAAAAAAAGAUACCAAAUACCAGGGCCAAUGUGUAUGGCAUUUCAUCAGAGUGGUUCAAAAGGCUGAUGUUUAUAU